UUUUACUAAAAUGUUUUGGUGUUUGUUUUUGUUUUUGUUUUUUGCAUCUGCCAUGGACAAUACUGAUGACUCAAAAAAAGAUGGUUACAAACAUCACCUUCCACACAGGGUUCACGUUGUACAACAGGAAGUUUGGUUCCAGAGUUUUGGAUGGAAUCUAUUGGGUUAUGCUCUGAUUAUUAUACCUUGUAUUUUUUUUAUAAAAAUGGUUCAAUCUUCAAAUUUUUAUGAACGUGAUGGUGAAGGAUUUAUCUAUGGUAUGAUAAAGUGCUUUGUUUUUGGUUUCAAUGGAGACGAUAUGCAUAGAAAAACAUUGCAUGUUAAAUGUUUUGGAGAUAAUCCAACAUUAAAGCUCCUUAUUUGUGUGUUAGGUUUGCAAGGUUCUUAUUUGACAUGGGGGGUACUUCAAGAAGAAGUUAUGACUCAGAAAUAUGGUGAACCACCCAAUGAUGUACGUUUUCAAAAUUCAGAAUUUCUCGUGUUUAUGAAUCGAGUUUUGGCAUUGGUAAUAUCUGCAGUUUAUAUCUUUGUGACAGGUCCAAACUGGAAGGCUCCUUUCUACAAGUUUUUGUACAGUUCUUUGUCAAAUAUAUGCAGCUCUUGGUGCCAAUACGAAGCAUUAAAAUUUGUUAGCUUUCCUACCCAGGUUCUAGGGAAGACCUGUAAAUUGAUACCUGUAAUGAUAAUGGGUAAAUUUAUUCUCAAGAAAACUUAUCAUUAUUAUGAAUACGUGGUAGCGGCCAUGAUUUCUAUUGGUAUGACUUUGUUUUUGCUUUCAGCUGCCACUGACAAACACUACUCAGCUGAAACAACAAUAUCUGGUUUGAUAAUUAUUACAGGGUAUAUAGUUUUUGAUAGCUUUACUUCAAACUGGCAGUCUCAAUUAUUUAUUGAGUAUGGUGUGUCAUCUAUGCAAAUGAUGUUUAAUCUCAAUGUUUUCUCUGCUAUUCUUAGCGCUGUGCCUUUAUUGAUAAGUGGUGGCAUGGCGUAUUCAAUUUCUUUUAUUAGUCAGUAUUCAUCGUUUGGUAUCCACGUACUAAUUAUAUCACUUUCUUCAGCUGUUGGUCAGCUUUUUUUAUUUUAUACCAUUGCCGAAUUCGGACCAGUUGUAUUUACCAUUAUCAUGGUGACGCGACAAAUGUUUAGUAUUUUGCUUUCUUGUUUUCUCUACGGUCACCAAUUGACAACUCAGGCAGUUGUUGGAGUUAUUUUUGUUUUUCUUGCACUUUUUUUGCAAAUUUAUGCGGCUCACAGAAUUAAACAAAAGAAAAACGCUAUACCAGAAAAAGCUAAAGAGGUUAUUUUAGCGUAGAAACAAAAUUUAGAAUUCAUAAUCGUGGACUAUUUGUUUAUGAUUUUAAUAUUUAUGGUAUAUUUAUUUAUUUAUUUUUCACAAAUAAAAAAUGAUUUUUUA